AUACACAUAUAUAUAUAUAGAGAGAGAGAGAGUCCAGUACUUAUGCGUGGAAAGCUACAGGUUGGGAAGAAAGAGAGGAAUGGGAUCUCAAAGUAGGGCUAUGCAGGCAGGCGUGGGAGGUCUGGAUGGCGGAGGAGUAGCAGCCGGCAGCCGCAUAGUUGUAGCAGAUCCACCUCCCUCGCAGACCACCAACAGUGAGGCAGCACCACCGCAUACUUCCGACGAGGAUCAGAAAUUGAGGAACACAGCAAAUAGGCAAGCUUCUAUUGCAAUGGGACAGUAUAGUGGUGAUGAAUAUGUGUCAGUUGGUGAAGUGCCUCUUCCUAGGGCAGAUAACUUGAAGAGAGUUUCGGUUCUGCCCCUUGUCUUCCUAAUCUUCUAUGAGGUUUCUGGGGGGCCGUUUGGAGUCGAGGACGCUGUUGGUGCUGCUGGUCCUCUUUUAGCCCUUCUAGGGUUCUUGGUCUUUCCGUUCAUAUGGAGUGUUCCUGAGGCAUUAAUAACAGCCGAGAUGGGUACCAUGUUCCCUGAGAAUGGUGGUUACGUGGUUUGGGUUUCGGCUGCUUUGGGUCCUUAUUGGGGGUUUCAGCAAGGUUGGAUGAAAUGGCUAAGUGGGGUUAUUGAUAAUGCUCUCUAUCCGGUUCUGUUUCUUGACUAUUGGAAGUCGGCAAUCCCGGCUUUAGGUGGUGGUUUACCAAGAGUCCUAGCGGUGUUAGCUUUGACCAUUGUCCUCACUUACAUGAACUAUAGGGGUUUAGCCAUUGUGGGAUGGCUUGCGGUUCUAUUAGGGAUAUUCUCAAUUCUUCCUUUUGUGGUUAUGGGACUUGUGGGAAUUCCAAAACUGAAGCCUUCCCGAUGGUUAGAGGUAAACCUACAUGAUGUGGACUGGAAUUUGUAUUUGAACACUUUGUUUUGGAAUCUAAAUUAUUGGGACUCUAUAAGCACACUUGCGGGUGAGGUGGACAACCCGAAGAGAACUCUUCCAAAGGCUCUGCUUUAUGCUUUGAUAUUGGUAGUGCUUGGGUAUUUCUUCCCACUUUUAAUUGGCACCGGGGCUGUUCCAGUCAACCGUGAGUUGUGGACUGAUGGGUAUUUCUCGGAUAUUGCCAAAAUUCUUGGAGGAGUUUGGUUGAGAUGGUGGAUCCAAGGAGCUGCAGCAAUGUCAAAUAUGGGGAUGUUUGUAGCUGAGAUGAGCAGUGACUCUUUCCAACUUCUGGGAAUGGCUGAAAGAGGGAUGCUGCCUGAAUUCUUUGCUAAGAGGUCUCGAUAUGGAACUCCUCUGAUAGGGAUUUUAUUCUCAGCUUCUGGUGUCCUCUUGCUAUCGUGGCUGAGCUUCCAAGAAAUUGUAGCUGCAGAGAAUUUCUUGUACUGUUUUGGAAUGAUUUUGGAGUUCAUGGCUUUUGUAUGGUUACGGAUAAAACACCCUGCUGCAUCUCGGCCUUACAAGAUACCCAUGGGGACAGUUGGAGCCAUUCUUAUGUGUAUUCCUCCAACCAUAUUGAUUUGUGCUGUAUUGGCUCUUUCUACGCUCAAAGUAUUUCUUGUAAGUAUGGUUGCAGUGGUAAUUGGCCUUGUGAUGCAGCCCAGUCUCAAGUAUGUGGAGAGAAAGAGAUGGAUCAAGUUCUCCACUAGUUCUGACCUCCCAGAUCUUCAUGGUAAUAUUCGGAACAGUAAUGAUCCCUUAAUAGAUUAGUGCAUUUCCAUCCAGCAAAGAAAGUGAAGGGAAGUGGACAGCGGGGUGAAUGGAAUCCUAUACAUAAAUCAGUUCGUGCAGCCUAUUUUCCACACCCUUUCUUGAAAAUAAGCGCAUACAAUAUUCCAUGAUGGUGCUAAGCUGUUGGGUAGUAAUCCUUAUGCCACACUGAUCAAGUUGGCAGAGUCUCUAUUGAAACAAGAAUGCAAAGGUAGCAUUCUAACUAAUAUGCUCAUUUGCUUGUUUCAAUGCUGUGGUUACUCGCUGUUUAUCAUCUUUGUUUUUAGAUUGAUGAUAGAUGGAAGGGAUGAUUUAAAAUUUAGACAUUACUGAAUGUGUAAGGAAAACGUAGAUUUGCUCAGAGUAAAUUUUAGUAUUGUGUCUUCUAUAAUUAAUUCCCGAUUUCGUUAGACAUAAUCUUGUAAUGAAGGAUUGCGGUUCUGGUAAUCUCUGAAACAAGCUUU